AUGAGCUACAUGAAGAAGGACGAGGACGCAGACCAGAUGAUGAUGAAGUUGGAUAGGACAUCGGUUUUUCAGGAUGCCCGGUUAUUCAAUUCCUCCCCGAUAUCACCGCGAAGAUGCCGGACCCUGUUGACAAAGCUCGCCGUUUUAAUGUUCACUGGCGAGAGAUUCCCCACGGACGAAGCUACCACGCUCUUCUUUGGCAUCUCAAAGCUCUUUCAGAAUAAGGACCCUUCUUUGCGACAGAUGGUAUAUCUUAUCUUGAAGGAGCUCUCUAAUACCGCCCAAGAUGUCAUUAUGUCGACAUCCAUAAUUAUGAAGGAUACCUCUGUUGGCAGCGAUGUCCUCUACCGAGCAAACGCUAUCAGGGCUCUGUGCCGUAUAAUAGACGCCACGACUGUUCAGGGUAUCGAGCGACUGAUUAAAACCGCCAUUGUGGAUAAAACACCUUCGGUUUCCUCUGCCGCCUUAGUGUCUGCUUAUCACCUUCUCCCAAUCGCAAAAGAUAUUGUCCGAAGAUGGCAGAGCGAAACCCAAGAAGCUGCUUCGUCCGGAAAGCAGUCCGGUGGCCUUCUCAGCUUUACUUCUUCAGCACAGCGCCAUACCAUGGCACAAACCAGUUAUAUGACCCAAUAUCAUGCCAUUGGCCUCCUUUGCCAGAUGAGAGCCCAUGACAAGAUGGCAAUGGUGAAAAUGGUUCAGCAGUACGGCUCUGGCGUUGUCAAGAGCCCCCCUGCAAUAGUUCUCCUGGUAAGGCUUGCAGCAAAAUUGGCCGAUGAGGACCAAAGUCUACGGAAACCUAUGAUGCAGAUGCUCGAAAGCUGGCUGAGAGGGAAACAUGAAAUGGUCAUCUUCGAAGCAGCCAAGGCAAUUAGUGAGAUGAAGGAUGUCACAGAUGCCGAAGCUGCCCAGGCCGUCAAUGUCUUGCAACUCUACUUGUCCUCCCCCCGAACUACCAGCAAAUUCGCCGCCAUCCGCCUAUUACACACCUUUGCAUCAUUUAAGCCACAUGUUGUCAACGCCUGCAAUCAAGACAUCGAAUCCUUGAUUUCCAACUCCAACAGAUCGAUUGCUACAUUCGCCAUAACAACCCUUCUUAAGACCGGAAAUGAAGCUAGUGUUGAUCGUCUUAUGGGCCAGAUCUCUGGUUUCAUGUCAGAUAUUACAGAUGAGUUCAAGAUCACAAUUGUGGAGGCAAUCCGGACAUUGUGUCUCAAGUUUCCAAGCAAGCAAGCCGGCAUGCUUUCAUUUAUCAGCGGAAUCCUUAGGGAUGAAGGCGGCUACGAGUUUAAGAAAAGUGUUGUUGAGAGCAUGUUUGAUCUCAUUAAAUUUGUUCCGGGAAGUAAAGAAGAAGCCCUUUCUCACCUCUGCGAAUUUAUUGAAGACUGUGAAUUUACCAAACUGGCCGUCAGGAUAUUACAUCUUCUUGGUGUAGAAGGUCCAAAGACCCCCAGUCCUACUAAGUAUAUCCGUUAUAUUUAUAACCGGGUGGUCCUUGAGAAUUCGACUGUCAGAGCAGCCGCAGUCACUGCCUUAGCCAAGUUCGGAGUCGGCCAGAAAGACCCAGAAUUGCGACGAAGUGUUGUUGUACUCCUCAAACGAUGCUUGGAUGACACUGAUGAUGAAGUUCGUGAUCGUGCUGCCCUCAAUCUCAGAUUAAUUGAUGACAGCGAAAUUGCAGAGCGAUUCAUUACCAAUGAUACAAUGUACUCUUUAUCCACAUUUGAACACCAGCUUGUCAUGUAUGUCACUGCAACCGACAAGGAAACAUUUGCUACUGCUUUUGAUUUGUCAAAGAUCCCGGUCGUGUCCCAAGAGCAAGCUCUGGCCGAAGAGAGAACUAAGAAACUUACAUCUGCCACACCAACACUCAAAGCUCCAACCGAUGGCCCCUCGAAAGCAAAACAAAACGGAGCUGCCGACGGAGCUGCUGCAGCCCAAGCAACAACCCAGAAGUUUGCCGAGGAGCUUUCACAAAUUCCCGAACUCAAAGAAUAUGGAACGCUUCUCAAGUCCUCGUCGCCUGUUGAACUUACCGAGCGUGAGACCGAAUAUGUUGUUACUGCAAUAAAACACAUCUUCAAGGACCAUAUCGUUGUGCAGUAUGAUAUCAAGAACACCCUUCCUGAUACUGUACUGGAAGACGUAUCUGUUGUUGCAACUCCAUCGGAAGAGGAUGAAGCAUUGGAAGAGGACUUCAUUGUACCUAGUCCAAAGCUGGUACCAAACGAGCCUGGACUAGUGUACGUUGCCUUCAAGAAAGCUGGCGGUGAACACAAUUAUCCCAUCACCUCGUUCACAAACGUUUUGAAAUUUACUAGCAAGGAGAUCGAUCCGACCACUGGCGAGCCGGAAGACACUGGCUAUGAAGACGAAUACCAAGUGGAGGAUCUUGAGCUCACAGGCAGUGACUAUGUUAUUCCAGCCUUUGCGGGUAAUUUUGAUCACCUCUGGGAGCAGACUGGUGCCAAUGGCGAAGAGGCUAGUGAAACACUACAGCUAUCUAAUAUGAAGGGUAUAUCAGAUGCUACCGAGCAACUCAUUUCUACGCUCUCUUUACAACCUUUGGAAGGCACCGAUGUUGUUCUCAACAAUUCCACACAUUCUCUCAAGCUAUAUGGCAAGACCGUAUCCGGAGGCAGAGUGACGGGCCUUGUACGGUUGGCAUAUUCGGCAAAGUCUGGCGUCACCACCAAGAUAACCGUCCGCGCAGAAGAAGAGGGUGUCGCUGCCGCAAUCAUAACCUCUGUGGCGUGA